UUGUUGAAGGAUGGAGUGAUUGAACCAAGUAACUCUCCUUGGCGAGCGCAAGUACUAGUAACAGGAGGCACUACACAUCGAAAACGUCUUGUCAUUGAUUAUUCCUUAACAAUUAAUAGAUUCACUGAACUCGAUGCGUAUCCACUACCUAACAUUGAAUCUAUGGUUUCCAACGUUGCAAAAUACAACUAUUUCAGCCAAAUUGAUUUAAAAAGCGCUUAUCACCAAGUGCCGAUUUUAGAGACUGAACGAAAAUAUACAGCAUUUGAAGCAUGUGGGGCCCUAUAUCAAUUUACUCGUAUACCAUUUGGAGUCACUAACGGCGUGGCUGCGUUUCAGAGAACGCUACAGUUCAUAAUUGAGGCUGAAAAUCUUAGAGGCACCUUCUGUUAUUUAGAUGACGUGACUGUAUGUGGCAAAAAUAGAGACGAACACGAUAAAAACUUGCAGCAAUUUAUGAAUGCUGUGAAGAAAUACAAACUUACGUUAAAUGAGAAGAAAUGCACUUUUGGAUCAAAAAGUAUAAGUCUAUUAGGAUAUUACAUUGAGAACAACGUUAUCAAGCCAGACAAAGAACGAUUAAAACCACUAUUGAAUCUCCCUACUCCAACAGAUGCAGCCUCAUUAAGACGUACUUUGGGUAUGUUAGCUCACUAUUCGAAGUGGAUUUACAACUUUUCAUACCUUAUUAAGCCUUUGAUUGAUAACACACGAUUCCCACUUAGUCAAGAAGCCAUAAAAUGUUUUAAUAUUUUAAAAUUGGAAAUAGCCAAAGCGUCCCUGACAGCUAUUGACAAUGAUGAAAUUUUUACAGUAGAAACCGAUGCAUCCGAGCACUCAAUAGCUGCUACCCUUUCUCAAAAUGGUCGCCCUGUAGCUUUCCUUUCAAGAACUUUGUCCAACACUGAACGCGGCCAUUCAUCUAUAGAAAAAGAAGCAAGCGCAAUUGUGGAAGCACUUCGUAAAUGGCGCCACUAUCUUAUUGGAAGAAAUUUUAUUUUGAUAACCGAUCAGCAGUCUGUUGCUUUUAUGUUCAAUCAAAAACAUUCAAGCAAAAUAAAAAAUGAAAAAAUUGAACGGUGGCGCUUAGAACUGUCUUGCUAUAAAUACGACAUAAUUUAUCGUCCAGGUCGACAAAAUACUGUAGCUGAUGCAUUAUCAAGAGUAUGCGCUCUCAUUAAUCCGAAUAAGCUGUAUGAACUACAUGACCAGCUGUGUCAUCCCGGUAUCACCAGAAUGGUACACUGGAUAAGAUCAAAGAAUCUUCCAUAUUCUGUUGAAGAAAUAAGAUUAAUGACAGCAUCUUGUAAAGUAUGUGCUGAGAUAAAACCACGGUUCUGUCAAUCGAAAGGCCAGUUGAUAAAAGCUAUUGCUCCAUUCGAGAGAAUAAAUAUCGAUUUUAAAGGCCCACUCCCAUCGAAUACUCAAAACCGAUACCUACUGACAAUUAUAGACGAGUACUCGAGGUUUCCGUUUGCGUAUCCCUGCAGUGAUUUAUCGGCGGCUACAGUGAUACGAUGUUUGAAAGAUCUUUUUCACACUUUCGGAUUUCCAUUAUACGUACAUUCCGAUCGAGGUACGACUUUUUUAUCAGAAGAGCUCAAAAAUUUUCUAACGCCACUUGGAAUAGCUACAAGCAGAACCACACCUUACAAUCCUCAAGGAAAUGGCCAAGUUGAACGACUAAAUGGCACACUAUGGAGAGCAAUACAACUCAGUCUUCGUUCAAAGAAUAUGGACAUUUCAAACUGGGAAAGCGUAUUAUCCAAUGCGUUACACUCACUUCGGUCGCUUUUAUGUACGACUACAAACGUCACUCCCCAUGAAAGAAUGUUCAAUCAUCCACGUCGUUCGCCUAAUGGAAAAUCUUUACCUACGUGGCUUAUAAACUCUGGACCUGUACUCAUAAAGAAAAAUAUAAGAACAUCCAAAUAUGAUCCACUUGUUGAAGAAGCAGAAGUUCUUCACGCAAAUCCAACUUACUCGCAUGUUCGUCUCUCUGAUGGCCGAGAAUGCACUGUAUCCAAUAGACAAUUGGCGCCCCUUCCUAUGAUUCGGAUUAGUGAAGAGGAAAAUGAAAAUGGCCAAGAUAAUGGAAAUAAUAUUCGCCCUGAUAUGAAUACAAACAAUGAGCCAGAGCGAAAUCCUCUGAGCAAUGAGGGCAGGCCUGUGCCCAGCAGUGAGACGUAUAUAGGCUGUAAAUUUAACUUUUUUUUUAACAGGAGCGAGGAGAUUUAA